AUGAAAUGGUUUUCGUUGUUUUUGUUCGAGUGCGGAGCUGGUGCUGAAGCGAUGAGGUUCCGCUUCGUGCCCGCGCUGCUGGCGCACGUGAACCUUCUGCUCGUGGUGAGUACGCCUAAGCCAGGCUCUCUUCCCAUGCUAGUAGUAAAAGGGUUGAACAGUAAAUUGCAGAGUAUUUCUAGUUGGGCAACAGUACAGGUAACAGAGUCGGUCAUCACAGCAUGUUAA